GAUUAGCAGCCGAAAUAUUUAUUCAAAACAACUCUUUUUCAUCAUCAACUAAACAAGCUGGACCACGAGUGUGGUGGAUAUCAUCCUCCUCAGGUUCCACUUGGCCACCCCGUUGUUGUUACUUCUUUUUCAUCUCAUCCGUUGUGUUGAUGGCUUUUGUUUCAAGUUGUGCAAACAUUUCUACUAGUCACAAAAUACAAAGAGAACAAAGAGCAAUAUGUGGUGCACAUCGUUAUUUACGUAGUUCCAACUCUUUUAUUCCUUUUCAGGUUGUUUCCAGUGAAUAUUUUUCUCCAAAGUGUUAUGGAGUUCGAAUGGCAGCUCCAGCCUCAUCAAAGCGUGAAGUGCCGUUGAAUAUCUUUCGUCCUAAUAAACCUUUUGAAGCCACUUGUUUGUCAAACGAGCUGAUCGUUGAUAAGGAUGCUCCCGGAGAAACUUGGCAUAUGGUUUUUAAUACGGAUGGUGCUCUACGUUAUAUAGAGGGACAGUCGAUAGGAGUUAUUCCACCUGGUUCAGACGACAAGGGCAAACCUCAUAAAGUGAGGUUAUAUUCCAUCGCUUCUACUAGUCAUGGGGAUCAUAAAGAUGAUAAGACGUUGUCCUUGUGUGUUAAGAGACUUGUAUACACAGAUCCUUCAACAGGAGAAGAAAGAAGAGGUGUUUGUUCCAAUUACUUGUGUGACUUGAAAGCCAACGACAAAGUCAAUAUAUCAGGCCCUGUUGGCACAGUUAUGUUAAUGCCAGAAGAUCAAAAGGCCAAUAUCAUCAUGUUAGCAACAGGGACAGGGAUUGCUCCUUUCCGAGCUUUUCUGUUGAGAGCGUUUAUGGAAAAUAAUCCAGAUUAUCGUUUUGAAGGUAAAAUGUGGCUGUUCUUUGGGGUUCCUACCACCUCCUCUCUCUUAUAUUAUGACGAGCUUGAGAAGAUGGCCAAGGAAAAUCCCAAUCAUUUGAAGAUUGACUAUGCGAUAUCUCGAGAACAAAAGGAUGCCAAUGGAAAGAAGAUGUAUAUUCAGAAUCGUAUGGCAGAGUAUAAAGAGGAAUUGUAUGAACUGUUUCAUCAACCGAAUACUUACAUUUAUAUGUGUGGUUUGAAGGGAAUGGAAAGUGGUUUAGAUGAAGUAAUGGGUCCAGUGUUUGAAGAACGUGGACAGGAUUGGCAAGAGUUUAGAAAGCAGUUGAAGAAGGAAAAACAUCUCCUGAUAGAAACUUAUUAAUAUCAUUUAGUGAACGAGUCUUUAUGUUUGUUUGUGUCUUUUGAGGGAUGAAGUUGAACACUAAGUGGAUGGGGUUCAGUAGUGCGGCUUAUAAAACAGCGUUUUCUUAUGAGCAUUUUUGC